ACCCAUUGUAAUUAUUGUAUUGUGUAAUUGUUUCAUUGUGAAUUUGAUAUUUAGUUUGGUUUAUUAAUUGUUACCGAAUGAAGAUAAUUAUGACUGUGUAUUACCAUGAUGAGCAUGAUAAAUAAUGACAAUGCUUGGGUUGAUUGGAAUAGAAAGAGAAUUCCUAGCAGAUCAUGACAAAGGAUAAUCUCUGAUUUGGAUGGGUCUUUAUUUUUUCCGCAUAAACACUUUUGCAUCUUAUCGUAUUCAAUCAAUUGUUAACGAUUAACCAUUUUAACAGGAUAUUUAAAGCCACCGGUUGUUUGUGAAUCCAAUCAAUUCUUUUCUGUUCCUUUCGGUUACACUAAAAACCUCUUUUCAUCAUGUUGCGAUUUGCUCUUUUGGCAACUCUUGUUGCUCUUACUUAUGGAUACUCUAUUUCUGUUGAUGAAAUUAAACAACAGUUUUCAGCUUUCAAGACUAACCACAGUGUUGUUUACGCCGAUGAAAAAGAAGAAGCUAAACGAUUUGAAAUUUUCGCAAAAAACCUUGAAUUCAUCAAAAACCACAACGAAAAGGCUAACAAUGGUGAACACUCAUUCUGGCUUGGAGUCAACAAGUUCGCUGACUUGACUUAUGAAGAAUUUGCCGCCCGAUACUUGAACUACAGAGGUGCAGAAAAGAAACCAGCUCCACUUCUUCACAACUCUGCUUACUUUGGAGACUUACCUACCUCCGUUGACUGGCGAGAAAAGGGUGCCGUAACACCUGUUAAGGAUCAAGGUUCAUGUGGAUCUUGUUGGGCAUUCUCAGCUGUUGCUGGCAUUGAAGGUGCCAACUUCCUUAAAAAUGGAAAACUUGUCUCUCUCAGUGAACAAAAUCUUGUUGAUUGUGCUAAAGAUGAUGUUGACCAAGGUUGCAAUGGAGGUUUAAUGGAUCAUGCUUUUACCUAUGUCAUCAACAACAAAGGUAUUGACACUGAAAGCUCUUACCCAUACAAAGGCGCCGAUGGUUCAUGUGCAUUCAAAUCAUCUGAUGUUGGUGCUACUAUUAGCUCAUUUGUUGAUGUUGAAAGUGGAAAUGAAAAAGCUUUAGCCACCGCUGUCGCUCUUCAACCCGUUUCAGUUGCUAUUGAUGCUUCUAUCUUCCUUCAACUUUACUUUGGUGGUGUCUUUGAUAUUGGACUCCUUUGCUCAUCUUCAGCUGACAAGCUUAACCAUGGUGUCACCGCUGUUGGUUACGGUACUGGAUCAAAGGACUUCUGGAUCAUCAAAAACAGUUGGGGUGCAGGCUGGGGAGAAAAGGGUUACUUCCGAAUGGCCAGAGGAAAGAACCUUUGUGGUGUUGCCACUCAAGCCAGUUAUGUUGUUGUCUAAGCUUAUUUGUAUUUACGAAUUGCUAUUUGAUAAAAUCAAAUGUAACUCUUUUGUUUACAAAUAAAUAAAAAAAAUUGAUGCCCGUUAAAA